AUGGCUAUGAACAUCACAAAGAGCACCAGGGCUCUUGGAGCUCUUAGGCCCCUGGCAGCUCGCUCUGUUCUCAAUGCGCGUCAAUAUUCGACCUCCGAACCGGACCUUAAGACUACAUUAAAGGGUGUCAUUCCCGCCAAGCGGGAGCUCCUGAAGAAGGUCAAGGCACACUCAUCCAAAGUCAUUGGGGAGGUCAAGGUCGAGAACACUCUGGGUGGAAUGCGAGGCCUCAAGGCCAUGGUUUGGGAGGGCUCCGUCCUGGAUGCGAACGAAGGCAUUCGGUUCCACGGCAGGACCAUCAAAGAUUGCCAAAAGGAGCUUCCCAAGGGAAAGACUGGAACUGAAAUGUUGCCCGAGGCCAUGUUCUGGCUUCUUCUUACAGGCCAGGUCCCUUCCACAAACCAGGUUCGCCAGUUCUCUCGUGAACUGGCCGAGCAAGCUCAAUUGCCCGCCUUUGUCAACAAGCUCCUCGAUGAUUUCCCGAAGGACCUGCACCCUAUGACCCAAUUUGCCAUUGCUGUCUCUGCCCUCAACUACACCUCCAAGUUUGCCAAGGCAUACGAGCAGGGUAUCAACAAGGCUGACUACUGGGAGCCUACUUUCGACGAUUCCAUCUCGCUGCUGGCCAAGUUGCCCACGAUCGCUGCCAAGAUCUACCAGAACUCCUACCGCGGCGGCGGUGCCCUCCCUGCAGAAGUCGACCUGGAGCAGGAUUGGUCUUACAACUUUGCUGCCAUGCUUGGGAAGGGUGGCAAGGCAAACGAGAACUUCCAAGACCUCCUCAGACUAUAUCUUGCUCUCCAUGGAGAUCACGAGGGCGGCAACGUUUCCGCCCAUGCCACUCACCUCGUUGGCAGCGCCCUUAGCGAUCCCUUCCUCAGCUACAGCGCUGGUCUCCAAGGUCUCGCGGGGCCUCUUCAUGGACUUGCCGCUCAAGAGGUUCUUCGGUGGAUCCUACAGAUGAAGGACAAUAUUCCCUCGUCGUACUCUGACAAGGACGUCACGGACUACCUGUGGUCGACCCUCAACUCCGGCAGAGUUGUCCCUGGCUACGGCCACGCCGUUCUCCGGAAACCCGAUCCUCGUUUCGAGGCUCUCAUGGAUUAUGCUGCUGCCCGACCCGAGAUUGCGCAAGACCCUGUCUUCCAACUUGUGGAAAAGAACAGUCGGAUCGCCCCCGAAGUGCUCAAGAAGCAUGGAAAGACCAAGAACCCUUACCCUAAUGUUGACUCAAGCUCUGGAGUUCUGUUCCAUCACUACGGCUUCCACGAGACUUUGUACUACACCGCCACCUUCGGUGUCUCCCGCGGUUUGGGACCCCUUGCUCAGUUGAUCUGGGACCGAGCAUUGGGACUGCCCAUUGAGCGGCCUAAGAGCAUCAAUUUGGAAGGGCUUCUUAAGCAGGCUGAGAGCUCGUGA